AUGAACGCCUUCGAUUUUAUGCGUGCCGGUGCCGCCGCUAAAAAGAACGCACCGACAGCCGAUCCGAGCUCGAAUCAGCCACCAGUCGCGUUGCCUUGGAUUGAGAAAUACAGACCCAAGUCGAUCGAGAGCGUUCAGGGUCAAGAAGGCACCACGAAAAUUCUUUCCAAAGCUCUCAAUCGGGCAGAUUUACCUCAUAUGCUGUUUUAUGGUCCACCUGGAACCGGAAAAACUUCUACAAUCCUUGCUUUGGCUAGAGAUCUAUUCGGACCAGAGCUCAUGAAGUCGCGCGUCUUGGAAUUGAAUGCAUCCGACGAACGUGGAAUCUCAGUCGUGAGAGAGAAAAUCAAGAACUUUGCCAAAGUUUCAAUCAGUCCAGCUACAUCUGGCUAUCCUUGUCCGGCCUAUAAAAUUAUCAUCUUGGAUGAAGCUGAUUCGAUGACUCAAGAUGCUCAAUCCGCCUUGCGAAGAAUUAUGGAGAACUAUUCAAAGAUCACUCGAUUCUGUUUGAUUUGCAACUACGUUACCCGAAUUAUAGAACCCAUCGUAUCACGCUGUAGCAAAUUCCGAUUCAAACCGCUAUCAGUUUCCGGAACUCGAUCCAAAUUAACAGAAAUAUCGACGCUAGAGUCGAUCAGGAUUUCGGACAAAGUACUUGAUUCAUUAAUUUCAAUCUCGGCUGGCGAUCUACGGCGCUCGAUUACCUUUUUGCAAUCUGCCUCAAAGUUGGCAACUUCGGAAGAAAUCAUAGAAGAGGAUAUCGAAGAGAUCGGAGGAAUCGUGCCUCAAAAACUGAUGGGACGACUGCUUGAAUGUGUUGGGAUUGAAGUUCGAGGACAGCCAGGUGAUGGUGGUGAUGGGGAUGUUGAGAUGUCAGAAGUCGAGCAGAGAAAAGGUCGCCAGAAAACACCAUUUGAGAAAAUUCAGCAUGUCGUCGAGAGCGUCCUACGAGAAGGUUACAGUGCUGUUCAAAUCAUUAAUCAGCUGCAUGAUUUGAUCCUUCUCGAUACGCUGAUUCCCUCGAAACCAAAAGCGCUGAUCUCGGUUGCUUUGGGUGAAGCUGAUAAAUACUUAAACGAUGGAGCAGAUGAAGGCCUGCAGAUCUUGGCGGUUUGCUUAAAGAUAUCCAAGGCGAUUCAUCAGGCUUAA